AUGGGUGAUCCAGAGCGGUGCAACAGCUACAUCGAGUACCAGUCUUUGCCACGCACGAUCGUGGAAGCCCUCUUCUCCGUCUUCACGCUGGCGCUACGUGUCUGCCACCCGAUCUUUUAUAGCGUGUACAAUUGCGUCAACGGCGGGCCAUACACCGGCUGGAAGGCUCUAUCAUCGCUGCUCUGCAUCCUCCAGGCCAUAGUGCAGUGGAUGUCUGCCAUGACCCUGCUGGAACUGUACAUUCCCUAUCGGAGUGACGAUAAUGGAGGAGCGAUGAUUGUAGGCGCUUCCGCCGCCGCGACUGGCGAGGAAGGAGAAGCGGUAUCGGUAUCUCCAUCCACCGAUGCUGUUUACGUCAACACCCCCUCGACUUCAUCCUGGACGAUGCAAAUCGCUGUAGGCAUCACGGCCGCCGUCGUCCUGUCCAUCUCUUUCGCCUACAUGGGCCUCGACCAACACCCAGUGUUUGACCCGGACGAGUGGCAAAGCGGCAGCUACGGGUUCCCUGUUUAUCUUAUUGGCCUCAGUAUCUGGAUGACGCUUCUGUUCAUUCCCAAUACUGCAUUUUUGUUCUUGCCCGCCGUGAACCAGAUCCACGCCGUCAAGGCAAGCGGCGAUCACGGCAGCCUAAGUCUAGUAUCCCUCGGCCUACAGGGCGCCUUGUUUGUCGUCUUGGCUGGCCUCCAGGCGGCCCGGGACUGGAAUGCCAUCGCAUGGGUGCCACGGAACCAACUCUGGCCGACCUUGCGGUUUGUCGAGCCCUUCUUUGCCUGGUACGGCACGGUACAGACCCACGUAGCGUAUGUGGUGACGGGUGCGAGCUGCUUUGUCGUGCUUGCGGUGUGUUUGCUGGAAGAGCGGCGGCGGCGAGCCGAGGAAGGACGGGUCCAAAUUUUGACAACUCGUAUCGAAGAUUAA